AUGGAUCCAGGCAGCUCGACCAACAUAAUCAGAUCAGAAGUAGUACAACAGCUAGGGCUUCUCAAUGAAGUUGUUCUCGUCCCACGAAUCCUCCACAGCUUCAACAUGAGCGGCGAAGUAAUGAAAGGAGAGAUCACCCUCCCGAUCAACACGUCCGACGUGAUCCAGAACACCGAGUUUCAGGUCAUCGAUGGCGACAUGAGGUACAACGCCUUACUCGGCAGGCCUUGGAUACAUAGGUUGAGGGCAGUGCCCUCAACCUUGCACCGGGUGAUAAGGUUUCCCAUGAGGGAUGGCAUCACGGCCAUACAUGGAGAACAACGAGCAGCAAAAGAAAUGUUCGCGGUCCACCAUGAGGCGCCAACCCCCACAUGCCCGGUCUCGGAAAAGGAGGGAAGCAUACAUACCCUCGAAGACGACGAGGAAGAUUUCUUCGCCCCCAAACCUUCGUCGCCCCAGAGGAAUAAGAUGCAACCAAAUCAACAGUCGAAGAGCUGGAGCAGACUUAUUUGA